AUGGAUCGUUACCGACGGAGAAGAAAAGAAGACGAAGAAGCGGAAUUAUCAAAAGCUUACGAGCAAUUUCGUGAAGCAUUCGAAGAUGGUACAUCGAUCGCUAGUAAAUCGUUUGUACGCGCUGCUGUAGUCAAUGCAAAUAAAGUUAUGGAAGACCUAAGUUCGAAACCUUCUAUCUACAAUCCAAAAAUUGAACUUGCGAAAAAAGCUUCGGUUGCACCGAAUUCAUUUGAACAAGCAAAAAGGAUCGCAGAAGAAAAAGCAAAACGUAUGAUGGAGGAAGCCCGAAAAGCUAAUUUAACAACAACUCGACCGCCUCGACCGGGAAAGGCACAGCAGAAAAGCCGAACAAGUAAUUUGGAAGCCUUCAAAGAGGAAUUGAAAAGCAUGCAAGAAGAGCGGGAGCAACGAAGACAUUUACGAUCUCAAAUGGAGCAGAUGGGCAUGGAAAAAGAAGCACUAGAUCGUAUUGCACCACUUAUUGAUAAUCCAUAUUUGCACGGAACUGGGGAAUAUGAUAAUGACCCGAAUACAACUAAUAUUUAUCUUUCUAAUUUGUCGCUUGAGAUAAAAAUUGAGGAUUUAUAUAAUACUUUCGGCACUUUUGGACCGCUAGCAUCCGCAAAAAUUUUAUAUCCCCGUGAAGAAGAUCGAAAACGGGAGCACUUGUGCGGUUUCAUAGCUUUCAUGAUUCGUAAGGAUACUGAUCGCGCCAUUCAAGGAAUGCAGGGUAAAUAUAUCAGGGGAUCUGAAGUACGCAUGUCUCUUGCUAAACCAGUCAGCAUACCACCGCAGCCGAUUUAUGUGCCGCCUGCUUUGUUGGAAUUUGCCAUGCCGGAUCCGCCUACUGGUUUACCGUUUAAUGCAAAACCACGGAAGUGUGAUCUGGAUGCACUGUUAAAGAAAUGUCCAUUGCCGCGUCUUGGUAGUUCGCUUCCGGAAUCCGGCCACGGUUUUGAGGAAUAUCAAAAGAUGCUCAGGAACGCCGUCGUGCGGGUAGUGGUCCCUACAGAAAGAAGUUUGUUGGUGUUAAUCCAUCGGACCAUAGAGUUUUUGGUACGUGAAGGACCACUAUUCGAAGCUAUGUUAAUGGGUCGAGAACGACAUAAUCCUGUAUAUCGGUUUCUUUUCGAUAAUCACCAUCCAGCACACGUUUAUUAUCGAUGGAAACUAUAUUCCAUACUACAAGGUGAAACACCACAAACUUGGCGCUUGCAGAAGUUUCGAAUGUUCGAUGAAGGCAGCUGGUGGCAGCCACCACCUCACAAUAUUCUAACUGGUGGAAUGCCCGAAUGUCUAUAUCAUACUGCUUUUGAUGGUGGUUUGCCGGCUGAAAAACCUAUAGUUAAAUCACGGAAAAGGAAAUACAGCAGCAGCGAGGACGAAGAAGAAGAUAGAAAAGAAAUUAAAACGAAAUGGCGAGGAGUCCUAAGCACUGCUGAACGAGACGAACUUGAGGAUAUACUUCGUGGACUUCUUCCUGAGAAAUCUUCCGUAGCAGAUGCAAUGGUUUGGUGUGUUGAACAUGCCACAUGCGCCAAAGAGAUCUCUCAGUGCUUGCACGAAUCACUAACUAUUGAUGAAACACCACUUCACAAAAAGAUCGCCAGAUUGUAUUUAGUUUCGGAUAUAUUGGCAAACUGUGCUGCUCGAGUUCGAGAUGUGUUUUAUUAUAGGCAAUAUAUUGGCAACUUGAUGCCCGAGAUUUUCAGAGAACUCAAUAAAACUUAUGAAAAAAUUUCGGCGCGCUUAAAAGCCGAACAAUUCAAGCAACGAGUGAUGUUAUGCUUUCGUACUUGGGAAGAUAAUUCAAUUUAUCCGACUGAUUUCCUUAUCCAAUUACAGAAUGUCUUCUUGGGCCUUGCGAAAGAAGACGAAGUAUCAGAGGAUGAUAUCGAUGGUGCUCCGAUCGAGGAAGGCCCAGAAGAAAUGAUUGCAAAGAAGGAAUCAAUUUUUGAAGAGGAAGACAUCGAUGGCGUACCUAUUGAAGAAGAUACCUUAGAAACACAACCAAAGAAAGCAGCGACAUUUAAACGGAGUCAGUGGGAUAUUGUAGAUCCAUCAAUUGUUGCAAGUCAAGCUGUAACUACUAGCAAAUGGGACCUAUUGGAAAACGGUAAGGAUGAUGAGUCGGCAGUGGGCAAAAUUGAUCAGGAAGACGACAUUGAUGGUGCUCCGAUCGACGAUGAUAAGAAUGGUAGUGAAGAUGGAGAAUGUCCAGAUGAAGAUGAUGAUGACAAAAUAACUUCAAGUUUGCAACAAUCUUUGAAUUCAUCUGCUGCACGCCUCGAUGAGGAAAGGCGAAAGAUUCUGCGUGAAAUUGAGGUGAAAGUAGUCAAGUAUCAGGAUGAAUUGGAAUCUCAAAGAUGUGAAGAUAUUCCUGCCCAGGUAGAAAAGUAUCGUGCUUCUUUGUUGAAACAGAUGGAAGAAAAGCUGGAUGCGCUAAACGAACAAAAAGACAAGAAGAAGAAAAAAGGAACAAAAAGAUCCAGAAGUAGAAAACGAGAAGACAAAAAAGAUGACAAAAGUAUCCGAGAAAGAGAACGUGAACGAAGUAAAGGUGAGAUCGAAAGAAAUGAACGAACACGAGACAGAGAUCGGGAAAGAGGUCGUGAGAGGGGGCGUGAGCGCGACAGAUCAAGAUCACGGUCAAAAGAAAGACGAAUGUUAAGAAGAGAACGCAGUCCAGACAGAAGGAAGCGUUAA